AUGAAGUGGCACUUUGGCUUUGGCUUCUUUGGCCAUUUACACGUCACGAUGCCGAGGUCAGUUGUGCCACUACAGGUUGACUACAAGCUGCGCAAGAUUCUGUCUGUUUGGGAGCUGGAGCUGUGUCUCAAAAACGAGGAUUGGGUGAAUGUAAUGGGUAUCGAGGGACUUGCUCUCUCCGAAGUCAUGCUCAUCAGCCGCCUUGAUGGCAGCGACCCAAAGAGUAGCAAGCUAACAUUUGAUGUCACUGCUGUCAUGCAGCUUCGUAACGCAACUAUGCAGGUUCGCGGAUUCUAUAGCAAGGAACACAUGCAGCUUUCUGUCUUCCUUGGAAACUUGACACUCCAGGACGUCGGCGAGAUCUUCUACGAGCUCACUAAAGUUCAUCUUGACGCCUUUGACUACGAUGUGACAUUCGAUGCCAUGUCCCUUACCAUCUCAUCUACCGAGCUAGCUCUAUGUGGAGCCGUGACCAUCAACGGCUACACAUCUGUUCGAGGGUCUCUCAUCCUUUCGAAGGAUGGCAUCGAGGUCCGCGGCGCCAUUGGUGACAUCGCUUUUGACGACUGGGACCUCCUCAUCCGAGAGGUGGGCUUUGACGUCUUUAUCGCCAGCAAGAUGAAAAGAGAGAGCGCACGUUCGACAAAACUCAGCAUUUCAGGCGACGUCAGCUUCCAUGGUAUUGAUGCCCGUGUUGCCUUGUUCACCGAGAAACACCCCAAGCUCGGAUGGGUGUGGACGGUCUAUGGCGAAGUAUCAGGCGACUUGUCCACUUCACGUCUUGUCCCGGCCCUCAAAGGCAACUCAAUGCUCGAUAUAUCCCUUAACCGUCUCGCAAUCAUCGCCUCUAGUCGUGAUGCAGCUGCUGGAACCCUUCAGGGCGUCCCAUUCAACAUUGUCAAGGGAGUACAACUAUGCGCUAGUAUCGACAGCAUCGCGGCCAUAGAAGCACUUCUUGGUGGGAGCGUCAAGGGCAUGGUUCUUCGCGCUACCUAUACCAACGGCGCCUUUGCACUUGGCAUAUCACUUCCAGCUGCUCGUACCAUCCGAUUCAGCGAUGAUAUCUGGACAGGCCCAAUCGAGCUGAGCAUCCUGGCCGGUCCAGGAGCUCCUAGCCCCAAGCUGAUGAUUGCGGCUGUAUUAAACUUUCAAGUGGACGGACAGCCAGACCAUAUGCCUUUGCAGCUCGAGUUAACGCUCGGGGCUGAUCUCAUCGGGGCGACGGCAUCUGCAAAGAUGCUCACUCCAUGGGUCAACCCGUUCGGCGCUGGAAAGAAUGUGGUGAUCAAGACCUGUGUCAUGGAGAUUGGCAUCAUCUAUACCUCAUUCGUCGCCUCUGGUACCCCUGGAAGCCUCGCUUUUGGGGGUCAGUUGGCAAUAGGAUCCAAGACGGCCGGUGCUACCUUCAAGUUCAGUCAAAACCCCAAAGAACAGCUCGUGGAUAUUUUUGUCGAGAACCUCGGCGGGUCACAUCUCAUAACUUUUGCAUCUCUUGUCGCAGAUCGAGAGCUUCCUACCGUUGCGGAUGAUCUCCUGCACUUUACCAAGCUCAAUAUGUACUUCUCAACAGGGACCACUAUUGGGAAAGACGUAUAUCCACCAGGAAUCUCAGCGAAAGGUGACCUGAAGAUAUUCGGGAAACGAGCUCAGUUUGAUUGCACGCUGGGCAAGGCAGUCAAAAUCAUGGCAACGAUCGAGAAAUUCUCGCUUGGUCCUUUGACUGUUCGAGGCGCCACCAAACCCGAUCCACUUGUGGACAUUGAGUUCUCUGCACAAGCACAAAAGAUCUUGAUCGACGGGGCAGUUGACAUCUGGGAAGCGUCCGCCGCUCUUCACUUGAAUAUCGGUCUACUAUCCAAGACAACAUUUGACUUUUUUGCCCAUCUCAAGCUAUCCGACCUCUUCUUGCUAAAGCUAGAAGCGCAGCUCAAGGGCACAAUCGACAUCAAGAAUUACAAGACAUGGGCAAACGCCGACUUUGCCAUGUACGGACUUAUGGAGCAGCGUGUUAUUGACUAUGUCAUGGCUCAGCUCGACCAGCAGAUCUCAGCCGCUCAUGAAGCCGCCAAAGAGGGCUUUGAGAUGGUCAAACAGGACAUGGAAGCCAAGGAAGCCGUCUUCAAGGCUGGCUGUGAUGAUGCAAUCAAGAAACUUGAAAUCGUCAAGGCGGUCUGGCUCGCCAAAAAGGCUCAGGUUGAUAGUGACUUUGCUAAUGCCAUCGCGUCAGCUUCAGCAGAAAGAAAGCGCUUGCAAGCCAAGGUUGACGAGACAGAGCGCGACUUCAAGAAUCUCAUCAGGCAGAAGAAAAAAGAACUGGAACAGGUUCGAGCCAAUGCGGGUAAUGCCAUACGCGUCGCUCAAGCUGCUGUCGACUUGAAGCAACGUGAACUGGACGAUGGUGUCCAUGUAGCCCAAGCCGGGGUACAGGUCGCUCGAGCCGACUUCCUACGGAGAGCUGAGAUUGUUACAAACGACAUUAAAAACAAACAGGCAGAAGUCAACCAAGCCAAGAGAGAAAAGGAACGGUUCAAGGACGCUAUUUGGAGACUGGAGCGACAACGAGAUGCGGCAGAGUGGUUGGACAAGUGGGAGUACAGAGGCCAGAUUGUGACCGCAGAAGGACUACUUUUUACGGCUGAUCAAAGUCUGAAAUUAUACGAGAAGUAUCUGGAAGAAGCAAAAGGGGCUCGACUUGCUUCCGAAUACAUCCAGAGCGAAGGCGCGGUCCGGACAGCUGAACUGGCAUUGCAGACAGCCCAGCAAGUUCUGACGCCGGGACUAAACCUUGCAAAGCAGUCGUUUGUCGAGGUGAAUACGACACAGCAGGCCUUAAUCCAGGGAGCUAUCGAGGGGCUUAGAUUUGCAGAGACUGCGAGUGACGAGCUGAAAUUGUUUGAGCUUGCCAAGCAUGGUCUUGCUGAGGGCGAGAGAGUAACACAGGCACUUCUCGAAACAGCACAGAAGGCCGUCGAUAAACUUUCAGAUUGCGCCGAGUUCAUCGGCUUUGAGACAGCAAAGAAGGGAGUCCAAUUUGCCAAAGAAAACACAAAAGAACUAAAUCUAGCCCGACACGCUGUUGAGUUAACCGAGGAUGCUGUCGAACUAGAGCUAGAUCUCGCCAAAUGGGCAACCGAUCACGCCAAGACCAUGUUCAACAUUCGAAAGGUUGAGUUUUCGGGCUCGGUGAGAAGCCUAGUCCAUCCUGACGAAGGUGGACCGCCUCUGAGGGUUAAGAUUGAGGGGAGGAUACUAGGAGAGGAGAUUAAUCGGGAGAUUGUGUGGAAGCCCAAGUUUGACCUGGUCAAGUUUAUCAAGGAGCUUUUCACUCUGUUGUGGGAGAAGAUUAAGGAGCUGGCCAAGGAGAUUGUUUAG